AAAUCUAAACAUGGUCUAGUUUAUUAUGAAUUUUGAUACUGUCCAUAGACAGCCCUCGAGUUUGCCAGUCGUUUGUCUGAAGAACCUUUCUAAAUAAUCUGAUAAACAAUGUGGCAGACAAUAAUCGCCGUGUUCUUCAUAACCACCAUCAACUGCCGCUACUUCAUAUCGAAGAAGAAUACCAGCAUGUUCAAGAACGAGCAGAUCAUAUUCGCUUCUGAUUUCAACAUCACCAAGCUCCUCGUGCCAGCAGAUGGCAGCAAGUACAUCCAGACGGAAUCCUCAGAAAUACCCUCUAUCUUCUUCGCCAUAUCCGACUCGAAGCUAGAAGGGGGCAGCUGCAUCUAUGUGCUAGAAGGAUUCGCCGCUUACGAAAUCCUAGAAGGAGGGCGUGAUGCUACUGCAGAUUACAGCUUCAGUAAGACCAUAUUCUUCGGAGCUAGAGACGGCAUUUACAAGUACUACCCAGAUUCACUAUCAGCAAAAAAGUACGGUCCAUUUAGAGAUGAUAUCAUACAACUGCAGAAAGCAAACGGCUCUGAUGCUAUCUUCAUAUUGACCAGCGAUCACAGAAUCUACAAAAUCGAAAAGAACGGCACUGUGAAGACGAGGGUGCAAUCCAUACCGUGCGCCUUCGAAUUCGUUCUGGAUACUUCCAAUAACAUCUACUACUUGGCGUGUGAUGACCACAUGCCUCAUAUAGUCAAAUCUGACGGUCGUCCGUUAUCGUUCACAGCUAGCGUGAUUGAGGAUUUCAAAGACAUAAAGUUGAUACGCCCAGCUUUCAUCAUGGAGGGCUGUGUGCCGUUCUUUGGAGAUGGGCACUUGUAUCUGUUAUAUGCCAAUGGUACAAGCGAGAAGAAGGACUUUUAUCUGGAUGAGAAACCCACUGCUUUCAGUGUCGACGCAGCUUUGUACUUGGUUGCUGCAUUAGAUGGGAAAAUAUACGAGUUUAAUGUGAUGGAAGUUCUUCUAAGAUCCAUGUUUGGGUUAGCGACAGAGUGGCCGAGAGAUGUCACUAAAAUUGUAAUGUCUAUAAUAGAUUCGGCUAGAGAAAGUAUCCAUGGGUUUCACAGAGGUUGGAAUUAUGCUGGUGUGCUAUAGUUUCAUUUGAGAAAAAGUGUACAGUUUGUAUGAUAUUACAUUAGUAUGUAUUACGUUUAAUUUUUCACUGGAAGUGAAAUAAUGUGAUCAAAAUUGUAGUCAUGCAAUUAAUUAAUAAUAAUGGUAUCUUCAAAUCGACUUUAUUGCGAUUUGCGAGUAAGUAAACGUGUCAGCUAAGUCAAUAAAUCUGAAUGCAUAAUAAUAAUUUUAAGCACAGAACAUUUUUGUUUAAUUUUGAUCCUGUUGUAAUUAUUUCUGUUAGUAAACUA